CUUACGUUCUUCUUCCUUGGAUUGUGACAAUGGUAGGGAAAUGGACGUUGAUACUUUGAAGACUUCUUUAUCGUAUUUUAAAAUUUUACUGCUGUUGCCGCGGUUACGGAAAUUGUUUUAUAGAAUCGUCGUGCUUUUUGUUUUAGUAGCCGAAAGCUGGAAUUUAUAGUCUAGUUGCUUUACUGUGCCAGGCGCAACAUACAGAAUUUGUUUGUUUCUUCUGGAAUUAGUACCACUCGAAUGACGCAUAUUCGCAUUACGGGAAUGUUAAUGCUAUACGAGAACUGGAGAAGAAGAUAGCUUUGUCACGUGAAAUAACGAAUAAACACUGUAGUUUGCUGUCCGUUUGUAGAAAAUUGUACCGUAUAAAGAGUCUACGGAAAUGUCCUUUUCGGAAUUGCAUCAAUCAAAUGGACCUCGGAUUUGCAAAGCCAAUUGCAAUAAAAAGAUUCACAUCCACAGUCUUGCAAAUUCAUGCUUAACUGCUGAGGCAUCCGAAACAAAUUCGUUACCGACGUUGUGCGAUGUAAGUUCAAAAACAUCAUCUAAAACUUAUUAAUGAAGUGUAGGCUUAUUUCAUUUACUAUCUAAUUAUCGCCAUGAAUAGGCUACUUCCACUGAUGUUAAGGCAACAAUUUCGUGUGGACCUACAGAGUACAUACAAAAUGAUUUAUUAUCCCCACCCCCCUCCCCAAAUAGCAAAAUGUUUGGCACCGCCAGUUCAUUUUCGUCGCAGAUUCUCGCUAAUUAAUUGGUAACUGCAAAUAACUACAAAAUAAAUUGCUAAUAACUGCAAAUGAAUUCUUCAAUAUUAUAGUGUAAACGCAGUAUGCAUUUGAUUUGUGCACAAUAGAAUUUAUUUACCAACAUGCAGUAAUCAUGCUUAUGAAAGAGCAUGAACGGAGACUGGUAUGACUUGCCUCAUGCGACGUUGUUUUUAAUUACAGAAGUAUGGUUAGUUUGGGAUUCUUAAAUUAAAGCGGGAAUUCGUGAAACUUCCUUCCAUCUCGUAGCCUGGCGACGUUAUGUCGAUAUCAACGACCACACAAUUUGCGCUAGGAGGAGCUCGAGAUAGCGUCGACAUAUGAAUCGAUACACGUAAUUUAUAGUUUCCCCCAAGUGCAUCGCGGGGCAUAUGGUAUUUGUUUGUGAUUGUGACUGAUAUGUGAGCGAUGAUUGUCCACCUGACAAUACCAGAAAUUGAUUGACAGGAUAGCUGCGGAUUUGCCACUCUUCAAGCGUACGGUGACGAAUUGCAGUUGGACCAUUCCGCGCCUGUCACGAGGUCCAAGAAAAUAUCCUCUACUGUUCCAAAAAAUGGGGAGAAAAAUCACUGUUGCGGUAUGCACACUAAAUCAGUGGGCAUUAGAUUUCAAAGGAAACCUAAGUCGAAUUUUACAAAGUAUAGAAGAAGCUAGAGAAGCAGGUGCAAAUUAUCGAAGCGGACCGGAAUUAGAAAUAUGUGGUUACAGCUGCGAAGAUCAUUUCCAUGAAAGUGACACACUCCUUCACUGCUGGGAAGUACUGUUAGAGAUACUAAUCAGUCCUCUUUGUAAAGACAUGCUAAUUGAUGUUGGAAUGCCUGUUAUGCAUAGAAAUGUUACAUAUAAUUGCAGGGUUGCUUUCUUAAACAGGAAGCUACUAUUAAUUCGACCAAAGAUGUUCCUAUGUGAAGAUGGAAACUACAGGGAAACAAGAUGGUUCUCUCCGUGGAGAAAGGUUCGUCAGGUUGAGGACUAUUAUCUACCACGUAUGAUAUCAGCUUAUACUGGACAGAAAGUAGUGCCAUUUGGAGAUGGCAUUCUUUCUACAAAAGACACAUGUAUUGGGUUUGAGAUAUGUGAAGAACUGUGGCACCCAGAGAGCACUCAUAUACCAAUGAGCCUGGAUGGUGUAGAAGUCAUAGUAAACGGUUCUGGUUCAUACAUGGAGUUACGAAAAGCAUAUGUUACAGUAGAUUUAGUGAAAUCUGCUUCAGCAAAGGCAGGGGGUUGUUACCUGUUCAGCAAUCUUCGUGGCUGUGAUGGCCAGAGAAUGUAUUUCAAUGGAUGUUCAUGUAUAGCUCUGAAUGGUGGUAUCUUGAAUCGAAGCCAGCAGUUUAGUUUGUCUGAAGUGGAAGUAGUAGUAUCAACAGUGGAUCUUGAAGACAUACGCACUUACCGCAAUGCUGUGCGAUCUCGAACACAUCAUGCAGCAGCUAGUCCUUCUUAUCCACGUAUAAGUGUAGAUUUUGCACUUUCAGCAGAUAAUGAUGUGUUCCUACCAACAGAAAGGCCCAUUGAGUGGUUAUAUCACACGCCUCAGCAGGAAAUUGCCUUGGGUCCAGCUUGUUGGCUUUGGGAUUACCUCAGGAGGUCCGGCCAAGGUGGAUUCUUCCUGCCUCUUAGUGGUGGCGUUGAUUCUUCCAGCUGUGCCUGCAUUGUUUACUCAAUGUGUACACAGGUAGUUUCAGCUGUACAAAAAGGAGAUCCACAGGUGCUUGCCGAUGUUCGCAAAAUCGUUUGUGAUCCAGAAUACACUCCAUCUGAUCCUAAAGAGCUCUGUAACAGAUUACUUGUGACAUGCUACAUGGGAAGUGAAAAUUCUUCUUCACAAACAAAAAGUCGUGCCAAUACACUUGCUCAGCAGAUUGGCAGCUACCAUACGAAUAUAUGCAUCGAUGUUGCUGUGUCUGCUGUGCUUGGCAUAUUUACGUCAGUGACGGGUCUUGUUCCAAGAUUUGGCUGUCGGGGUGGAAGUGCAAGAGAGAAUUUGGCUUUGCAAAAUGUACAGGCAAGACUGAGGAUGGUAAUUUCGUAUCUUUUUGCUCAACUCAUGCUAUGGGUACGUAACAGGCCAGGAGGAUUGCUGGUACUUGGAUCGGCAAAUGUUGAUGAAGCAUUGCGUGGCUACAUGACUAAAUAUGACUGUUCCAGUGCUGAUGUAAAUCCAAUUGGAGGGAUAUCAAAGACCGAUCUCCGUGCUUUCCUGACUUAUGCUAUGAACAGAUUUGAAUUACCUGUACUUAAGGAAAUCCUUGCAGCUCCACCCACAGCUGAGCUUGAACCCUUAGCAGAUGGUCAGCUUGCACAAACUGAUGAACAGGAUAUGGGAAUGACCUACGCAGAACUAAGUGAAUUUGGGCGUCUGCGAAAACAAAAUUUCUGUGGGCCGUAUUCCAUGUUCUGCAAACUUAUUCACACAUGGCGUGACACUUGCACUCCAGAACAGGUGGCAAAUAAAGUUAAGCACUUUUUCCGGUGUUAUGCAAUCAAUAGACACAAGAUGACUGUACUCACACCAGCAUGCCAUGCAGAAAGUUACAGUCCAGAUGACAACCGUUUCGACCAUCGACCAUUUUUAUACAAUGUUAACUGGUCAUGGCAGUUCAUUGCUAUUGAUGAGCAGCUUGUGACUCUGAAGGCCUCAACAGAUGAUUCUUGGGAGCACAGCAAGGGUAAACUGGUUUCAGAUAGCACUUCAAGAACACUUACAGAAGAAGGUGCUAGUAAGGGAACGUCUCCAAAGGUGUCCAACAGGUCAAGAGCUUCUGGGCUAAAUAAAAUGAUGUCAGAUUCUCACAUUGGAGUUGUGGUGCCUAAUUCACCUGUAAUCAAUGUUACCAUGUCAGGAAACACAUGUGCCAGUCGUAUGUUCAGACCAAUUGUCAACUCGCAUUCUGAUAUUGAACUGAAAGCAAUUUGAACACUGAUCAAAAAUAUCAAAGUACAGCACAUAAAAUGCUACAUAGCUAACGGUGUGAUGCUCUGUGUUUGCUCUUCUGGUGGAUCCAGUCUGACUCUCAUAUCUGAAGAAUUUACAUAAAUCAUAAUUUACUUUUAAUGCAGAGUCAUUAUGAUGAUCAUAACAGAAUCAUUGAGAUACAUGUUGAACAUACUUUUCGAUAGCUAUUAGCACAGUUAACUGUGAUUCUGUAAUGCAGUGUGAUAGCCCAGUAAAUGCUCAAAUCAUUCCCUAAUCAUUUAUUGUUUGACUGUACUGUGAUUUCUUAAACAACAGUCGUAGAGAAGUAGAUGUUAGCCAGUAUAAAUGUUGCCAAUGUGAUACAUCAUUGUUAAUGUUUUGUGACCAAAGAUGUAACUUCAUAUUUGUACAUACAUACAUAUCUGGAUGAGAGUGGCUUUAAAAGCGACUGAUGAAUAUUUUACUUACAUCACAGUAUAAGGUUGUCAGUAUGUAUCAGUAAUGAUAGCUGAUAUGCAUUAUAGAGGAUUAGAUAUUUUAUUGCAUUUAAGAAACUGUAUACUAUUAUUUUUCUAGUUCUGCUGUAUUUUAUGAAUGUUAUUUACACUCAAAUUAAAUUGAAUUGAUAAUGAUAAAAUUUCGUUCUUGUGAAAAUCA